AUGGGCUCCUGGAGCUACUACCUGAAGGAAUCCAAGGGCAGUCGGCGGUGGCUCCUUUUUCUGGAAGGUGGCUGGUACUGCUUCAACCGGGAGAACUGUGACUCCCGCUAUGACACGAUGCGUCGCCUCAUGAGCUCCAGAGACUGGCCGCGCACCCGCACAGGCACAGGGAUCCUGUCCUCCCAGCCCGAGGAAAAUCCCCACUGGUGGAAUGCCAACAUGGUCUUCAUCCCCUACUGCUCCAGCGACGUCUGGAGUGGGGCUUCAUCCAAGUCUGAGAAGAAUGAGUAUGCCUUCAUGGGUGCCCUCAUCAUCCAGGAGGUGGUCCGAGAGCUUCUGGGCAAAGGGCUGAGCGGGGCCAAGGUGCUGCUGCUGGCGGGAAGCAGCGCGGGGGGCACCGGGGUGCUGCUGAACGUGGACCGCGUGGCGGAGCAGCUGGAGGAGCUAGGCUACCCGGCCAUCCAGGUGCGGGGCCUGGCGGACUCGGGCUGGUUCCUGGACAACAAGCAGUACCGCCGCACCGACUGCGUCGACACCGUCACCUGCGCGCCCACGGAGGCCAUACGCCGCGGCAUCAGGUACUGGAACGGGGUGGUCCCGGAGCGCUGUCGGCACCAGUUCAAGGACGGGGAAGAGUGGAACUGCUUCUUCGGCUACAAAGUCUACCCGACCCUGCGCUGCCCCGUGUUCGUGGUGCAGUGGCUGUUUGAUGAGGCCCAGCUGACUGUGGACAACGUGCAUCUCACGGGGCAGCCAGUGCAGGAGGGCCAGUGGCUGUACAUCCAGAACCUGGGCCGCGAGCUUCGAAACACGCUCAAGGAUGUGCCGGCCAGCUUCGCCCCCGCCUGCCUCUCCCACGAGAUCAUCAUCCGAAGCCACUGGACGGAUGUCCAGGUGAAGGGGACCUCGCUGCCUCGAGCACUGCACUGCUGGGACAGAAGCCUGCACGACAGCCACAAGGCCAGCAAAACCCCCCUGAAGGGCUGCCCCGUCCACCUGGUGGACAGCUGCCCCUGGCCCCACUGCAACCCCUCCUGCCCCACCAUCCGGGACCAGUUCACGGGGCAGGAGAUGAACGUGGCCCAGUUCCUCAUGCACAUGGGCUUUGACGUGCAGACCGUGGCCCAGCAGCAGGGCCUGGAGCCCAGUAAACUGCUGGGGAUGCUGAGCAGCGGCCGCUAGGGGGCGCCCCGGGGCUGGCACAGCGGGCCACCGCCACGGGCUCCGCCCCCAGGG